AUGAAGAUGGAUGACAAUCUGCAGAAACUAAUGCAGACAGAUGCAUUUGCCAAAAAGUUGUUGUCGUUGACUUCGUUAAUGGACCCUUAUGAAGAUCCCAACAGUCAAAGCGAGGCUUUGAAUAUCAUUAUUUCAUCACCUGUUUAUGAGAGAGUGGAGGAAGAGGAAAAUAUAUUGAAGAAUACUUCGAAUAGUACCUCGGAGAGUACCUCUUCCGACUAUACAGAUCGCUUGGUCAAACAGCUGCUCAAAUACCUUUGGAAUAUGGAAGAUCAUGUUUGGUGCGAAUACUACUCUUCCAACUUGAAUCGAUGGGUUCAUUUGGACUGCUGUGAAAAUGCAUUUGAUAACCCUCUUCUAUAUAAUCAAGGUUGGGCUAAAAAGAUGUCCUACAUAUUCGCUAUAUCCGAACAUUACAUCCGAGACGUCACUCUAAAGUACAUAGCUAAGGACUUGAAUCGUACCAUUCCUCGCGAUAAGAUUAGCCAACUCAACCUUGGCAAAGUCCUCGCUCUUAUCAAUCUAUCACAGUUUAGUGCAAUUCAAGACGAUGAUAUUCUUUUGGAAGUAUCUUCCGAUCUUAUUCACGACUACCGAAAUAUGAACGGCUCCAGUAUAACACCCCAAGCGAUGCUUCCUAGGCAGAGUGGAAUCCUUACAUCUGCCAAGGAAGUCGCCAAUUUAGUGGAAUACUUUUUGGACUCCAAGCGUUUCUUUUAUGCUUUAAGUCAAUGCUCUACUAGUAUAUCACAGUCGGAGUUGCAGACCAUUUUACUUGCUUUUUAUAGACUUAUUUCUGCAGACAGACAAAAGUUCAUUAGAUUUAUAGAUCCUGUCCUCUUGCACACUGCAAUCACCACCGAUUCCACAUCUGAUAUCAACAAGUAUUUGGCUAUUUUACUUGAAUCAUCCUAUCUAUCUAUAGCCGAAGAUGUGAAACUGCAUAACAUUGAGAAGUAUGUUGACAAGUCCAAGCUUAUUGGCGUCUUUGAUAAGGAACCUUCUUUUAAUUAUGAAUUUAUUUCUCUAUUUGAAGGUCAAAGACUUUCAAAUCUUUCAAAACUUCCAUUUCUCUCGGAGUGUUUAGAAUCUAAUGGAGAUGUGAAUUGUAUCUCUUUUGUUACAGAGGAUUUGUCUCCAGGCGUGAGAAUCAUUGGAGGUGUGUUGGUUCCUCACAUCAGAGAAUUGGAGAACGAGAGACUAAUUAAAACGCCAUCUGAGUUUAUCCCAAUCAAAAAAUCGGUUGAUUCCCUCAGAAAAUUGGCCACCCACGUUAGAGCUUCGGAUCCCGUCUUACUUAUUGGUAAGACCGGCUCUGGAAAAUCUUUCCUUGUGAACGAGAUCGCCAAGAUGCUUGGUGUCGAUACAUCCAAUCUCAUCAAAAUUCACCUUAAUCAUCAAACAGACCCAAAGCUUUUGCUUGGCACCUACACAUCUGGAUCUAAACCCGGUACAUUUGAGUGGAAGAACGGUGUUCUUACAACUGCCGUCAAAGAAGGUAAAUGGGUUCUUGUCGAAGAUAUUGACAAGGCUCCCAAUGAGGUUCUCUCCAUCUUACUAAGUUUACUAGAAACUAGAGAAUUGACUAUUUCUUCUCGUGGUGAUGUUAUUAGAGCCGCUAACGGGUUUCAACUUAUUUCAACCAUUUGUGAAUCCUCAGAUUCAGAUGAGAUCACGAUUCCUGAUAUGAUUGGUCUUAGAUUGUGGAAGACAAUCAUUUUGGAGGAUCUUAAUCAUAGCGACUUAUUGUCAAUAUUGAAGAGUCGUUUCCCGCUCUUGGAGCAUUUCAUCAAGCCUUUCAUCACAGCUUUUUUCAACAUCAAGGAAAUCUAUGAAUCUAGAAAAAUAAUCAAUAUGAAUAACGGCGUACCACCAAGACCUAUUUCAAUCAGGGACUUGAUGAGGUUCUGCAAGCGGUCGAAUAAAUUACUUUUGGAUUCAGAGAUAAAGGAUUCAAACGACAUGGUAUCAGAUUCUCUAUAUGAUUUCAUUUUCCAGGAAGCUGUUGACUGCUUUACUAGUGCUUUAUCGUCCAACGAUGCUAUAAAACUUCUGACGGCGGAAGUUGGAAAGUCUCUUGAAAUCCCAACAAGCAGGAUCGAAUUACAAUUCCAGAAGACUGUUCCUCCCUUUGAAGAAUACGAGGACUCCAUAAGAAUCGGACGUGCCCACGUUUCGAAACAUCACAUUAUUGGGAUCCAUAAGAAUGGCAGAAAUAAUCCUGGUAACAGCCGCUUUGCUAGAACAUCUUGCUCGUUAAGACUAAUGGAAAAGGUUGGUGUAGGUAUCUCUAUGUGUGAGCCAUUGGUUUUAGUGGGUGAAACGGGUACCGGUAAAACUACGAUCGUUCAAGAGAUGGCAAAGCUUUUGAAUAAGAAGCUGACCGUGAUUAAUAUGUCUCAACAGACAGAGGUUGGCGACUUGUUAGGUGGAUUUAAGCCUGUUAGCACAAAGCUAAUUGCACUUCCAAUUCAAGAAGACUUUGAAGACUUGUUCAGCAGAUCGUUUUCCACGAAGAAGAACUCGAGAUAUUUGCAGCUGCUCUCCAAGUGCUUCAAUAGGUCUCAAUGGAAAAAAGUUGUCAGACUCUGGAAAGAGGCUUAUAAGAUGACUCAAGUCACCUAUGAUGGGAAAGAAGAAGGAACCUCUCUUGACGUCAACGAAUCAGGAACCAAAAAGAAACGGAAGUUAAACGAAACGGAUAUAUCUGUUCUUUUGAAUGAGUGGUCUGAAAUGUAUCAAAAAGUGUGUAGUUUCGAGAAACAAUUCAAGGACACUGAAAACUCGUUUGUUUUUCAAUUUGUCGAAGGUUCGUUAGUGAAAGCAGUUAAAAAUGGUGAUUGGGUUCUUUUGGACGAAAUUAAUUUGGCUUCAACCGAAACUUUGGACAGUAUAUCGGACUUGCUUGCUGAUGAAGAACUUCAAAGAAGUAUAUUGUUGACGGAAAAGGGAGAUGUUGAGAGUAUUAGAGCCAACUCUGGAUUCAGAAUUUUUGGCUGUAUGAAUCCAGCCACAGAUGUGGGUAAAAGGAACUUACCUUCUGGAAUCCGGUCCAAGUUUACUGAAAUCUAUGUCCACUCUCCGGAUGAGGAUAUCUCAGAUUUGUUGAUGAUUAUCGACAACUACAUUGGCAAGUUUUCACUUAGUGAUGAAUGGGUUGGUAAUGAUAUUGCUGAGCUUUACUUAAGUGCCAAAAGGUUUGCAGAUGCUCAUAAAAUUGUCGAUGGUGCUAACCAGAAGCCUCAGUUCAGUAUUCGUACCUUGACUAGGACCUUACUCUAUGUUCAAGACAUUAUACAGAUCUAUGGUCUUAGACGUUCUUUAUACGAGGGAUUUUGUAUGUCCUUUUUGACAUUGCUAGAUAAGAAGUCUGAGGGGAUUUUACAUCCGUUGAUUCAGAAGUUUACUGUGAGUAGACUCAAGAAUGCAAAGUCGGUAUUGAGGAUGAUUCCACCUAAUCCAGAUCCAUCUGGUGAAGCUUACGCACAGUUCAAGCAUUACUGGAUUAGAAAAGGUCAAGAGAUUCCAGUUCCUCAGGAUAGUUAUAUUAUUACUCCCUUUGUCGAAAAGAAUCUACUUAACCUUGUUAGGGCCACUAGUGGCAGGAGAUUUCCUGUACUACUCCAAGGUCCCACAUCGGCUGGUAAGACGUCUAUGAUUAACUAUCUUGCCAAAAUCACUGGCCAUAAGUUUGUGCGUAUUAAUAAUCAUGAGCACACAGAUUUACAAGAGUAUCUUGGUACUUAUGUUUCUGAUGAUACCGGUAAACUUUCAUUCAGGGAGGGCAUAUUAGUCGAGGCUUUGAGAAAUGGAUACUGGAUUGUUCUUGAUGAGUUGAACCUUGCACCAACCGAUGUACUGGAAGCCCUUAACCGAUUGCUUGAUGAUAACAGAGAGUUGUUCAUUCCUGAGACACAGGAAGUUGUUACCCCACAUCCAGAGUUCAUGCUAUUUGCAACCCAGAACCCACCUGGUCUAUAUGGUGGAAGAAAGAUUUUGUCCAAGGCCUUUAGAAAUAGGUUCCUUGAAUUACAUUAUGACGAUAUUCCCCAAGAUGAGUUAGAAAUAAUUCUUAGGGAUAGAUGUCAAAUUGCUCCAAGUUAUGCCAAGAAGAUUGUUGAGGUCUACAGGGAGCUAUCUGUCGAGCGUCAAACGACAAGACUAUUCGAACAGAAACACUCGUUUGCCACUCUUCGUGAUCUUUUCCGAUGGGCGGGUAGAGAUGCUGUUGGAUAUGAACAGCUAGCUGCAAAUGGUUACAUGCUUUUGGCUGAGAGAGUGAGAAGACCUGAGGAAAAGCUGGUGGUGAGGCAAGUUUUAGAGAAGGUUAUGAGAGUGAAACUUAAUAUGGAUGCUUACUAUACCAAUCUUGAGAAUAAGGAUCUUUUACUGAUAAAAAGUUCUGUUAUUUGGACAAAGGCUAUGAGAAGACUAGCUGUGCUAGUUUCCCUGGCAUUGAAUCACCAUGAGCCUGUUCUUUUGGUUGGCGAAACGGGUUGUGGUAAAACUACGAUUUUUCAGCUUCUCUCGAGAUUUAUUGGCAAGGAAUUAAUCAUGGUGAAUGUUCACCAGAAUACUGAGACAAGUGAUUUGCUUGGUGCUCAGAGACCUGUUCGUAAUAGGUCUCAGCUACAGCAGCAACUCAUUCAGAAGAUCAUAGAAGUCUCAAGCAGAGCGGGUGUCGAUGUAUCUACGAUAGACUCUCUUUCUUCUGCUUUAAUUAGUUGGAAGGAAAACAAGAUUAACAUUAACAUUUCUGACGAGGAUAUGAAAGCUGUUGAAUACCUUUUGCUGGAAAACAAUGCCUUAUUUGAAUGGUCGGACGGUCCUUUAGUGUCAGCAUUGAAAAAAGGAUGUCAUUUCUUGCUUGAUGAGAUCUCCUUGGCUGAUGAUUCGGUUCUAGAAAGACUAAAUUCUGUUCUAGAACCCGAGAGAACGAUAUUGCUUGCCGAGAAGGGACCUGACGACUCCUUGGUGGUGGCAGCGGAUGGAUUUCAGUUUUUUGCGACUAUGAAUCCAGGUGGAGAUUAUGGUAAGAAGGAGCUUUCUCCAGCUCUUCGUAAUCGUUUCACUGAAAUCUGGGUUCCCUCUAUGGAAGACUUUGAAGAUGUUACUCAAAUUGUUUCUGCAAAGUUGAACGGCCAAGUAAAGAAGUUCACUGAUACAAUUGUGAACUUUUCACGCUAUUAUGGUCUUCAACUUGGCGGUGGUAAGACUGAUACAGGCGUUAUAUCUUUGAGAGAUAUUUUAGCAUGGAUACAGUUCAUUAACUUCUGUCACGAUGAUGGCAUUGAUGAUCACGUAGCACUUUUACAUGGUGCCUGUAUGGUGUUUAUUGAUGCGCUUGGUACUCACAGUACGUCUUAUUUGGCGGAGAAUGAGGAGAAACUAAGAGAUGUGAAGCUGAGCUUUGUUAACAAACUUUCCGAGUUCGUGAAAAUGGAUUUAGCCGCUAUAUAUUCUGAGAAGGCAGUUGUAACUUCAGGUUCAGACCAUUUAUUGUGUGGACAUUUCAAGAUCGGCAAAAAGAUGGCAGAUUCAUCUAUAUCUUCAUUCAGUCUACAAGCGCCAACUACUGCUGCUAAUGCUAUGAGAGUUGCAAGGGCAUUACAAGUGAGAAAGCCUAUAUUACUUGAAGGUAGUCCUGGUGUGGGUAAAACUAGUUUGAUUACGGCUCUGGCAUCUUCUACGGGCAAUAAGUUGACCCGUAUCAAUCUUUCUGAGCAGACUGAUCUUAUUGACUUGUUUGGCUCUGAUUCUCCCGUUCAGGCAGGUAGAGUUGGAGAGUUCGAAUGGAGAGAUGGUCCUUUUCUCAGAGCUAUGCAAAAGGGAGAAUGGGUUCUUUUGGAUGAAAUGAAUCUUGCUUCUCAAUCAGUCUUAGAAGGACUCAAUGCUUGCCUUGAUCACAGGGGAGAAGCAUUCAUUCCGGAGCUUGAUAGAUCUUUUGUAAGUCAUCCUGAUUUCAGAGUAUUUGCUGCUCAAAAUCCACAAUCCCAAGGUGGAGGACGAAAAGGUCUUCCAAAAUCUUUCAUCAAUCGUUUCACCGUUGUUUAUGUUGAUACAUUGAAGGAGUAUGAUUUGAAGCUUAUUGCCACCCACUUGUAUCCAAAUAUUGAUUUGGCUAUCCGUGAUAACCUUAUUAAUUUCAUGUCAGCUCUAGAAAAGCAGGUCGUUGUUGAGAGAACUUGGGGUUCUUCUGGCCAGCCAUGGGAAUUCAACUUGAGAGAUACUUUACGUUGGCUCUCCUUGCUCAAUUCGGGCUCAAUUGCUAACACAGUGGAUCCUGUUGACUUUUUUCAACUGGUUAUCCGACAGAGAUUUAGAACUUUGGAAGACAGAAGCAGAGUUGAUGAACUAUUUGAAUCCGUUUUUGGUGCUCACAGUCCAAGGGAUCCUUACUUUGACCUUAAGCCUUCAUAUAUUCAAGUGAAGAACGAGGUCAUCAUUAGAAAUGCGUUUACACAGUACACUGCAGACACUAGAUUGGUCGGCUUGCAGAGUAAUAUUGGUGCUUUGGAAACAUUGAUGCGUUGCAUCAAGAUGUCAUAUCCAUGUCUUCUUGUCGGUCCUUCCGGUUCAGGAAAAUCUGAAUUGAUCAAGUAUUGUGCAAGCAUUAUUGGUUCGAGAGUUUUCGAACUCUCUAUGAACAGUGAUAUUGAUAGUAUGGAUAUUCUUGGGGGAUUUGAGCAAUCUGAUUUGAACCGUUCCCUUGCAGAGAUUUUGGAUGAUAUCCUAGUGGAAUUGUUGAACACGGUUUCACUUCAGAUGUCGCUAGAUUCUUGCAAAGAAGAGGCUGUCCGUCUUGCAUUGUCGAUAAUUUCUAUAAUUGUUGAUGCCAAUGUUACUGUUGAUUCAUUGUCCUCGAUGAUCACUUCAUUGAAUGAUCUAAGCAUUCUUAUUCACAGUGAUGGCUUAGCUCAGUUUGUAAGAAGGCUUUCCACUCUAAAGAUUGAAUCAGAAAAGCCGUCUUCUGUGAAUUUCCAGUGGUUCGAUGGUCUCUUAGUUCAGGCAGUUGAAAAGGGAUAUUGGUUAGUUUUGGACAAUGCCAACUUGUGUAGUCCCUCUGUUUUGGAUCGCAUUAAUUCUUUGCUUGAGCUUAAUGGUAGGCUUGUUGUCAGUGAAUGCACCGAUGAUGAAGGUGCUUCCAGAACCAUCAUUCCUCACAAGAAUUUCAGACUUUUCUUGACCUCAGAUCCAAAGUAUGGUGAGUUGUCUAGGGCUAUGAGGAACAGAGCCGUUGAGAUUUAUCUUCAACCUUUAACAGAGAGGGCAACUACAUUUGAUAUUCAAUGUCUGGGACUGUCUUCCAGUCAAGACUCUACUAUAUCAUCGAGAUUGGGAAACAUGGAUCUUGAUCAAGCCACUGGUUAUAGGCCAAUUACAUCCUUUGUUAGUUGCUCUGAUUCUAAAACAAGAGAUUAUGCUCUUAUCUUAGACGCUUUGAACUUGACGGAUGGACAUUUUGAGCGGCUAGUGCUUGAUUUUGCUGGUCUUGACAUACUUAAUGAACUUCCUUUGUUGUUGGACUCUUGUAUUUCCUUACCCGAAUUCGAACAUUCUCAGAUGUUUAGCAACACAUUGGAUUAUCUAAACUUCUUGCAUGAGAAGGGGAUUCCAGAUCAGUUGUUCAAAGUUUAUGAAAGAUCGUUGCAAUCUUCGCAACGGCUACAAAAUAUCCAGUGCAGUUUGGCUUCCUAUCAGACUUUUUGUGCCUCAUUGAACGAAUUUAUUCAACCUCUAUUGGCUCUCAACUUCAAGUUUGUGUCGUUGUCAUCAGAGCCACACUAUUUUGUCCAAGAUAUAAUGAUGUUCUUCGACUCUACUCAGUACCUACAAGGUGUUUGUCUUAGAGCGGAGAAGUCUAAAAUGGUUCAACUCAAUCCAUUGGAGAGGUCUGCUGCUAUGAUUCUUGGACGAGACACUAAAAGGCCACCCAAGUAUCCACUAUACACCCUUGUCAACUCUGUAUAUCAGUUCAUUGGUGAAGCUCUAUUGCAAGGGUCACGUGCAGAUCUUAUUUUCAUGUCUCCGACUUACUUCCAAUCCAUCUUUUAUUUAGAGCUUUUACUAGUUCGAAUAAUUAAGGCUUCCGAGAGUUUUAACGAGUCUUAUGUUCGGGUUCAUCAGGAUGAAUUGCUUGACUGGUUAGAUCAUAACUCGGCACUUUAUGAACCGGCUUCCAUUAAUCGGUUAUCAACUAAGGUGCAUAGUUUUGCAUCGCAGAUGAAGCUAUCCCGUGGUCUUUCCAUGUCUCUUAUUUGGAAUUCUUCCAGAGCUGAUUACCCAACUACGAGCGAAGCUUGGUCACACUACCAGACCUUAUCUUCCAUUGGAAAUAGGUUUGAUGCUGUCUCCCAAAAGCAAUUUCCGGAAACGUACCAAACAAUCACCAAGAUGAGAGUUCUAUUUGUGGAAAUGCUCAAGGCUUGUAAAUUGGAAAGCUGUUCUUCUGAUCUAUUGGUGUUUGAAGAGAAGGCCGAACAGGAGGUUUCUGUACUUGAACAGAUCACUGAUGGAUUCUUAUUACAAAGGAACUGUUCGUUUACUCGGUUGUUUGAUACACUUCUUGCCUUCACCGAAUCCGGUAUGCUUAAUGCUGUUCGGGUGAUUCCUUUGAGCGAGAGUAUCCUAACCCUUUCUCUUUUGGGUGCUAGACCUACUAUAGCGCUUACUAGGUACUCUGACAUUACGGACUUAUUUAAACCUUAUCCGGCAAUCUUUGACUCUUUGUGGAGUAAAUCAGGUGAUGGAAAAAUGAAGGUAGACAUCGUCGAUGACGAAUUUUUCAGACAACUCUUUAGGUCUGCUAACAAUAUCAAGAAUUCUCCAGGUGGGCAGAUUGAAAAUUCUUUGAGUGACCUUAGCUUCAUGCUCACUCAACUGGUGUCCCAAUCCAAAUUUAUUAUUGAAGAUCAUAUUUCACAAUUCAAGAAUCUUGCCUACAAGUGGAUACAUUAUAUUUGCUCAUUGCACAUCAAAACGCUUCCUAUAGAGGUGCAAGAGCAGGCCGCUAAACUAUUUGAUGAGUCAAGUUAUGACGAUUACGCUUCCUUAAUGUCUGCUAAUGGGCUUGAUUCGUUUGUCAGUAUCUUUAGGAACUAUUUUCUUUCUUCGUUGACCACAACUUGUGAUGACUUUAGUUCCUUGGGAAGUGCGUGGGUAAAGCUUGCCUUUGGCAUGAUUUUGUUGUACGUUCCAAAUUCUACUUUUGAUCCCGCUACUUUAGAACACGCUACCUAUGAAGGCUACUUGGAGCUUCAAAAUGUUGUUACUGGUAUUCAUCAGUCGUUUGAACACUUCCGUCGUGUUGCCUUCGGUGAUUCUGAAAUCCAAUGUGAACGGUUCCUUCCUCAGGUUCCUGAUAGUAAGGUACCUGAGAAGCCUCAGGUUUAUCGAUUCACAAACUCGUCAACUGAAGAGUUGUCUAACGAGUGGACUUCGUUCUUUGAUGCAUAUCUUGAUAAGAACUACGUGGACAUGUUGGUCCAAGCUGCAGAAGAUUUAUCAGCAAGCUCUAUCUCAAAAGUAAACAACUUCGAAAUCAAUUCCUCCCAAUUUAUCAUGAGAUUGAAAGAUGGAUAUCCCCUUUUCUCAGACUUGAACGACAUUCUUGUUGGAUACAUCUAUGGUCUUAAGUUCGGUUUUGAGUUGCUUCAGAAAGGGGCAAGUCAGAAGUCUUUUGUACUUCGUUCGCCACUAUGGAUUACUGACCCUGUGGCCCUAGGAACUGCUUCCAUUGUAAACCUUUCAUUUGAAGACUCAAAAUCUGUUUGUAAGAAUUGUUCAGUCAACAAAUCUGAUGCAGAUAAAACUUACUUUGCUUACCUCCGAAUAGCUAACUUCCAUAAUGAUGUUGCUGAACAGGCCGAUUCAAAUAGUUUCUUCAACCAAUCUCUUCUUGGGUUGUACUACAGAUGGUCGAUGAGAAACUUGAAGCAGGAAGAGAAAGAUUCUACUCAGCAGGGUAUCUAUAAGUUUAGUGAUCCUACCAUUGAUGUUGAAGGUGACUUUGAGUCCCUCUUUCCUGAAGCCGGAGAUCUUCUUGAUGCUUCUGUCUCAAGGGACUCUAAGCAGUCUGAUACUUGGGAGGAUUUGUAUUCUCAGAUUGCUAGCGUGUACAUUGAUAUUUUCCGUGGUAAGAAAUCAUCAGCCACUGAAAUAUUCGACGGCAUACUUGCCUUGAGCCCAGAAAAUUUGGCUUCCUUUGAAGCCAUGACACAUGCGACGAGGUCAGGAGGCAAUAGUGCAUCAGCUCUUCUUCUCUCUACAUUAUCUAUCUACGAUGAGCUAACCAAAUCCUUUUCCCAGGAUGGCAAUGACUCUGGUGUUGAUUUCUAUCAUGGAUAUAGUCCAUUCGAGAUCAAAUUUGCCAAUGGUAUUGUCAAAACAUUACAAGGGUCUGUUCGUGGGUUGUUGAAGAAAUGGCCAGAGAACGCCACGUUACAGGAGUUGUUCAGAAUCUCUACUGAAUUCUUGGCCUAUCCUGUCAACACACCAGUGUACCGAUUACUUGGUAAGGUGGAACAAAUAUACACUUAUGUGGCGCAAUGGGAAGAAUAUGCCCACUCUGGUGUCUCUCUUGGAGAUCAUGCCAGCAAAUUGUCGGCUCUUGUGGUGAGAUGGAGGAAACUCGAACUAUCGUCUUGGAAAAAGGUUCUUGAGAACGAAGAAGAUAGAGUUGUACAGCUAACUGGCAAGUGGUGGUUCCACUUGUUUGAGACUAUUUUGCUACCUGCUAUCAAGGACGAGCUCUAUGAAGAGGAACGAGUGCAAAUUGUUGGUGCUGUCAAUAUCUUUUUAUCGCAGUCCACGUACGGUGACUUCGGCUACAGAAUGGAUCUUCUCAAUGCGUUUGCGGUUCAUAUUAGAUUAAUGGCUGAAGACUCGCUCAUUUCCGAUUCGCUCUUUAAUGUCAUUGCCUUUUACAGGCAGUUUGAAGGAUUGUCUUUUGAAAAUAUUAAAAGCGUCAGAACCCAAUUAGAAAAGGACGUUAAGGAUGUUAUUUUGCUGGCUAGUUGGAAAGAUAUUAACAUUGACGCCCUAAAACAGAGCUCUCAGAAAUCUCACAGAGCUCUAUACAAGAUCAUGAGAAAGUACCGAGGUGUUCUUGUACAACCAAUUAGACCGUUGAUUGAACAAGGCAUCAAUUUAACUUCUGAGAAAGACAACUCUGCUCAGUUGUCAUCAUUAGCUUCUCUAUCACCUGUUGCUAUAGACGCGGAUGUAAUGAAGUUGAUUACUCCAAUCUGUGCCAAACUUUCUUCUUGGAAUGAAAGGCAAGCCAGACUUCGGGAUAUAUCAGUGGUCAGCAAGAAUAUGGAGAUUUAUAUCAAGAAUUUGAAUAUGGAGUCUUAUCCAACUCUUCACGAUUUUGCUGAUAGUAUUAUCGAGCACGCUUCUCUUCUUCGCAAGCAGACUCCGGAAGAGCUCACCGAUGACAACAAGACACUAUGUAACUCAUUGAAGUCUGCGAAGAGAAGACUCUUGAGUGAUACACUUCGCGAGUUGAAACGAAUCGGCUUGAAGCUUCAUUUGACUACGGAAAUUACCUCAGCUUUGAGUUCUGUCACCGGUAUACUUGCCACCUGCAAGAGUCUUCCUAAAAAAUCAUUUGGCGAUGAUGUGGAUAAGUACUUCUUUCGUAUGUUGGACCUUUUGCCAAGGUUGAGAUCUGCAGUAAGAGACUCCAAUCCUGAAUUUCCACCUAUCGCUGCUCAUAAGUGCUUAGCUGCCGCUGAGACAUUGCUUUCUACUCUUGUUGUUGAAAGGGACCCAAUAUUUGAAGUCGUAAAGCUUUCCAAGUAUGUUGAUUGUUGGAUUGAAGAAAUCUCUCAAAUCACAUUUUCCAGUGAUCAUCGUCCAAUAAGCUCUAGUAAAUCUGAAUUUUGUCAGCAGGCCUCUGGUGCAGCUGAAUCUUUGUUGAACGGAUUGCCACUUGUUUUUGAGUAUGCUAAGAAGAGCAUUUCUAUUGCUGGUUCCCGUACCCAUGAAACGUAUGAUGAAAAAGUGUUUGAUGAUGCCUUAAUGGGGCUAAAUCAUUAUGAUACGAUAAAGAAGCAUCUGAUUUAUUCAGUCGACAACCUGAAUGAUUUGGAACAGCUUGGUAAUUUCAUCGAAAGUUUACGCUUAAACUUGAUGAAGUGGAAGAACAGCAACGAGAAUGUUGCAUUUAUUGCGAACUACGUUCUUGAAUGGUUAGCAGAACAACCAUUUAUGAAGCUCACUUUAGCAAGAAUUUCUGACUUCAAGACGACUACACUGGACGAGGUUGAAAAAUCGCUUCGUGCACUCUGCCUGAGUAUUAUGCUAUGCAUUCAAGAGAUGAGCAAAAUUCACUCGGAGAAAUCAACUAUUAGUUCUGAGGAAGACAAAUGGCUUCAGCAUUCCCAAAAGCGCCUUGUGAAAUACUUCAAGCUCCUUCACUCUUCCUUAAUCAUCAAGCAAUUGAGGCAGUUUAUCAUUAAACUAAGUAGCGUUGAGUACUCUGACGAAACUUCUACUAUCGCUUCUGCUCUUGUGGAGCAGGCGUUACCCCUGGUUUAUCAUUACAAGAAUCUUAUUUCUGUGAUCGAAUGCAAACUUACAUCCAAUUAUGUUGAUUUAUCCACAUCUGUGUAUGAUCUUUCUUCCUUGUUGUUUAAUUUAGCUAGGGAUGGAUUCUGUUCUCCGCAAAAGCCUUCCAAGGCUCCAGCAGAAUCAGGCGAGAUGAAAGAUGGCACAGGCCUCGGAGAUGGAGAAGGAGCUAAUAAUAAGUCAAACGACGUGGAGGAUGAUGAGGAUUUAUCUGAACAGGCUCAGCAGGAUAAUGCGGAGGAAAAUAAAGAUGACGAUGGUAUGGAUGAAGAUAAUGAUGAUGCUGUUAGUAUUGAGGGAGACAUGGCUGGCAAUUUGGAAGAAUUAUCAGAAAAAGAGGAUGAAGAGAAUGAUGAGAAAAGUGGUGAAGAAGAAGAUGACGAAGAAGAUCUCGAUGAUGAGGUCGAUGAUAUUGACGACACGGAUCCUGGUGCUAUUGAUGACAAGAUGUGGGAUGAAAAUGCCGCUGAUGAUUCAAAGGAGAAAGAGUCAGAAAAGAUGCCAGAAGAUUCUAAGCCGGAGAGUGACGAAAUGCAAGAAAUGGAUGAAAAGAAUGAUGAUGGUCGUGAAAAAAAUGAUAAUAACGAGCCUCAAGAGAAGAAUGAAACUGAAAACGACAGUGAAGCUGAGGAUGAAGAGGACGUUGGAGAGCAAGAAGAUGAAGUCAAGCAGGCAGACGAUGAUGAUAAACUUGAUGAUAAUGUACCAGAAGGUGAUGCUUUGAAUUUACCCGAAGAUAUUGAUUUGGACAGUAGUGGAGAAAGCGAAAGUGAAAGUGGAGAAGAAGAAGAAGGUGAAAAAUGGAAGGAUGAUUUGGAUGAGAUGACGGAUGAUAAGGAGGAGGAUAACGCAGAGGAAGGAGAAGAUCAAGAACAAGAAGAUGAAAACAAUGAGGGUAAAGAUCAAGAGGACAAUGAAGCAGAUAGUGAAGAAAAAGAGGAGGAAGGUGCAGAGUCUGAGGAUGUGGCUUUAUCAGAUAAUGGUGUUAACGACGAGAACGGUGAAGAAAGUGAAAGGGAUGAUGUAUUAAUGGAUGUGGACGAGGAAAAAGACUCUGAAGAGGGUAAAGAAGAGUCUAAAGAGAACCUUGAGGGUGUUGAAGGUGACCAAGCAGGCCAAGAAGCUGAUGAUGAUAUAGAUGAGGAUGCUGCAGCCCAACAACAGAGUGGUGUGCAGACAGAAGGUGCGCAAGCUGGUAUUGAUCAAGAGGAGGAUAAUGUUGGUGGUGAUGGGGGUUCCGCUAAUAUUGGAGAUCAAGAGAAGAAGGAUGCUGAAGAAAAAGAUGAAGAGAAAGAAGAAGAAAAUGAUCAGCACGCAGAUAGUUCUAGAGAAAAGGCUUCUAAAUCGUUGAAGCAAUUAGGAGAUGCAAUGAAGGAGUUUCAUAGAAGGCAUCAGGAGAUCAAAGAGACUACUGACGACGAUAUGGUCGAUCAGAAGGCUGGAGAAAAUCCUGAUGAAUUCCAGCAUCUUGAAAGCGAGUCUGCCGAGAACGAAACACAGGCAUUAGGUUCGACUAGCAAAGAUCAACUUCAGACCAUUGAUGAAGAUAUGGCAAUAGAUGAUGAGAAAGAGGAUGAAGAGCUCGAGAAAGAAACGAAUGAAACUGAUGAGGAAAAUGACGAAGACAGUGGCGAUACGCAAGGUGUUCAUAAAGAUACUACGGCCGCUGAAAAUGGCAUAGUAAGUGAAGAAGAGGAUGAGAAUGCACUUCCAAAAGACAAUGGAACAGUUGUUGGGGAACGCAAGAAACAAGAAAUCGAUAUAGAUGAGGAUGACGAAAGCGAGAACCUUUCGGAUGCUAUGCUUCAGAGCACUGAUGUUGAGGCCUCCAAGUCUUUGCGUCCUUAUGAGGAGGCACAGAAACUUUGGAUGCAUGCGGAUGAAGCUACCCGGGAUCUUACAUCGGGUUUAUUGGAGCAGUUGAGACUUAUCCUUGAACCUACUUUGGCUACCAAGUUGAGAGGUGAUUACAAGACGGGUAAAAGGCUCAAUAUGAAGCGCAUAAUCCCUUACAUCGCCUCUCAGUUCCGUAAAGACAAGAUCUGGAUGCGGAGAACGAAGCCAAGCAAACGCCAGUACCAGAUCAUGAUAGCUGUGGACGACUCUAAGUCGAUGGCUGAGUCGAAUGCUGUGGAUAUCGCAUUCCAGAGUAUUUCAUUGGUUUCGAAAGCACUUACUCAACUAGAAUCGGGUCAGUUAGCCAUCUCCAAGUUUGGCGCCGACUCGUUAUUGGUUCAUCCCUUUGAGAAGCCGUUCAAUACUGCAUCAGGAAUCCAGGUGUUUAGACACUUCGAGUUUGAUGAAACUAGAACAGACGUGAAAAAUCUUGUGGCAAAGUCUUUAAGUGUCUUUAACGAGGCCCGUGCAACGGGUGACUCGGAUUUAUGGCAGUUACAGAUUAUUCUUUCAGACGGAGUGUGCGAAGAUCAUUCUACUUUACAGAGGUUGGUUAGAAAAGCCCGUGAAGAAAAGAUCAUGAUCGUUUUUGUGAUUAUCGAUUGUAUCAACAACCAAGAAUCAAUUCUGGACAUGAGCCAGGUUACUUACGAGCCUGAUUCCAAUGGUCAAAUGCAACUUCAAAUGAAUAAGUAUUUGGACACUUUCCCCUUCGAGUACUACGUGGUGGUCCAUAACAUCAAGGAGCUUCCCGAGAUGUUAGCUUUGAUUUUAAGACAGUAUUUCUCAGAGAUCUUAUCUGCCUGA